CCGUUUUGAUCGUCUUUUUUUUACAUUCACAACAAGGUAGUAAUAAUGUUCCAGCUUCCUGUAAAUAACCUUGGCAGUUUACGGAAAGCCAGGAAGACGGUGAAGAAGAUCCUGGGGGACAUUGGCCUCGACUACUGCAGAGAACAUGUGGAGGAAUUUAAGCAGUUCGAACCCAAUGACUUCUAUGUGAAGAAUACCUCCUGGGACGAUGUGGGACUCCAUGACCCGUCGCUUACUAAAAAUCAGGACUAUCGCACGAAACAGUUCUGCUGCAGCCAAUGUCCAUUCUCCUCUAAGUUUUUCUCCGCCUAUAAAAGUCACUUUCGCAAUGUACACAACGAGGACUUUGAGAACCGCAUUCUGCUGAACUGUCCAUACUGCACAUACAAUGGAGACAGAAAGACCUUGGAAAUGCACAUUAAGGUGUUCCAUGCUCCCACUGCACCGCAGCCAAACCCACCCCAAACUUCUUUGAAGGAUAAAAACAAGUUUGAGAGCCUUAAGCCCAAGCCGUCAGACAGCGUGGAACAGGCGGUGUAUUAUUGUAAGAAGUGCACUUACAGAGAUCCCCUCUAUGAAGUGGUGAGGAAACAUAUAUACAGGGAACACUUUCAGCAUGUCGCAGCACCCUAUGUCGCCAAGUGUGAGAAAAAUGUCAACGGCGCUGUGUCUACAGGUUCAAACUCCAAUGACGACAGCAGCAUUCAGUGCAAGCGCUGUCGGUUCAUGCCGAAGAGUUAUGAGACUUUAGUCCAGCACAUCAUAGAAGACCACGAACGUAUUGGCUACCAAGUCACAGCUAUGAUCAGUCACACCAAUGUGGUUGUCCCCAGAUCCAAGCCAUUGAUGCUGAUAGCACCAAAGCCGCAGGAGAAGAAGGCCCCCGGCAUGCCUCAGCGAAUGGGUCCAGUUACGCCAGCCAACAUCCGACCUCUUCCUUCACAACAAAUGGUCAAUAGACUUGCGAUACCAAAGCCGUCAAUGAAUUCCAACAUAAUGUCCAACAUGCACAUGCAGCAGAAUAAUUAUGGCGUUAAAGGAAUCACUCAAGGAUAUGCAGUCGGCCAGCAGAUGAGGCUGGGAAUGGGUGGUAAUGCAUCCGUGUCUAUCCCUCAGCAAUCUCAGUCAAUGAAGCAAUUACUUCCUGGUGGCAACGUAAGGCCGUACACCCUUGCGAAUGACCAGAGGUCACCUGCUCCACUAAGGUACUCUCUUCAGUCUGGAAACUCGGCUUUGUCAAGUAGCCAUCUAAAGCCUGCUUCUAUUACUCCGCCCCAUGUAGCCUCUCGCGGUAUGGUCCAGGCGAGUGCAAAGCCUCCCGGAGCUGCUUCAGCGGUAGCUGCUGUCGCCGCUGCAAAUUCCACCUCGUCUACCCAGAAAUGGAAGAUCUGCACUAUCUGCAACGAGCUGUUUCCUGAAAACGUAUACAGCAUUCACUUCGAGAAGGAGCACAAGGCUGAAAAGGUGCCUGCGGUAGCAAACUACAUCAUGAAAAUACACAACUUCACAAGCAAAUGUCUAUACUGUAAUCGCUACUUGCCAACCGACACCUUGCUAAAUCACAUGCUGAUCCACGGCCUCUCCUGCCCUUAUUGCCGGUCGACUUUCAACGACGUCGAGAAGAUGGCCGCUCACAUGAGAAUGGUUCAUGCCAAUGAAGAAAUGGCACCCAAAACUGAUUCCACGUUGACUUUUGACCUAACGUUACAGCAAGGUAGCCACACAAAUAUCCACUUGCUUGUCACCACAUACAACCUACGGGAUGCUCCAGCUGAAUCUGUUGCUUACCACGCUCAAAAUCAACCAGCGGCUGCUCCCCCUCCUCCUCCUCCUCCCCCGAAAACCCAGGCAAAGGCCCUUGAAAAGGUGGAACCCGCAAACAAAAACUCGCCACAGACUGCAUUGCCCUACAAGAAAGAUGUAGGUAAAACUUUAUGCCCGCUCUGCUUUUCCAUCUUGAAGGGGCCCAUUUCUGAUGCUCUUGCCCACCAUUUGAGAGAACGCCACCAAGUCAUUCAGACCGUCCACCCGGUGGAGAAAAAGCUCACCUACAAGUGUAUCCAUUGCCUUGGCGUGUACACCAGUAACAUGACGGCAUCAACGAUCACAUUGCACCUGGUGCAUUGCCGAGGUGUUGGAAAAACACAGAACGGGCAGGAUAAGGGGGCACCCAUAAGAAUAAAUACUGGCCAAGCAUAUCCUGCUAUGAAACGGCCAAAUGACUUUGUUGAUUUAGUCAACGUGAAGAAGAGAAGGCCAGACGACGACCCCGAUGCUCCGAUAAUUUUAUUAGACGAUAAGCCUGAGGAACCGCCGGUGGUUCUGGCAGUCGAUCCUAAAGGGCAUGAAGACGACUCCUACGAAGACAGAAAGACAUUCCUUACAAAAUACUUCAACAUUCAGCCCUAUGCUAGCAGGAGAGAAAUCGAGAAGCUGGCGUCCAGCCUGUGGUUAUGGAAGAGCGAUAUAGCAUCUCAUUUUAGCAACAAGAGGAAAAAGUCUGUCCGAGACUGUGAGCGGUACAAGUGCAGCGUUCUUCUUGGGUUUAAAAUGAAAGAACUGAAUAAAGUUGAACACAAUAUGGAUUUUGGGGCUGAGUGGAUGUUUGAGAACAUCGACGAAUCCCAGUCUGCACCAAACGCAAGUAAGACUGUAGAUAAGAGAAAACUUAACGAGUCUAGUUCCUCAGAUAGUUCUGCAAAUGCUGAAGACUUAAACGAUAGUGUCAUCGAGCUGUCACCUGACAAGGAGGUUGCCGAGCUGUCGCCUGACAAGGAGGUUGCCGCGCUGUCACCUGAAAAGGAGGUUGCCGCGCUGUCACCUGAAAAGGGGUCUCCAGAUAGCCAAAAGGCACCCGUUCCAUCAAAAUCCAACAAUCAUUCGGAUUCAUCCAAUGAAAUAAUCUUAGACAAUUCCGACAGCGAGGAAGAGAAAGAAGAACCGCCCACGUGGAAAGAUGAGACCUCGCCUCGAUCCGACAGCAAACCCGUUUUGCAACAGGUUUUAGAAGUAGAGGACGGCCCGGCAGAGGUCAAGGCCGAAACUUUGAUCAAUGAUUCCAACCACAGCGAGGAUGCCGGGAGCGCCAAGGAAGAGGCGAAGGAUCACUCGGCAGAAAGCGACGAGGAGCCAACCAAAUGGAAACAGAAUUCCUUGGAAAAAGUCGAAGGGUUCUGGACUAAAGAAAAGUCUCCGUCGUUGAGCAACUCGUCUGUCCAUGAGGAGAGUUUGUCCAACCAGCCGAUGGAUUGGCAGAGCGGCACCAACGACAGUGAAGACGGGGAUCACUUUAACAUGACUGUUACAGAUAAAAUGCACAGCAGUCUAGCGGGUGUGGGACUCAGCAGCCAAGAAGUAUAGAUUUCACGCGCCACUUCCUGCGUACAACCAGUAGCUGAAAUCUUUUUUUUUUUUCU